AGUGUAAUCGAAUCGGAUGAUUUUUUUGCAGUUUCGAUACGUCAAGCCGAAUGUUUGGUCGUUUACCGUGUGCUUGUUGUUCAACGUUAGUUCGUUCGUUCCAUACGACACAUUGGUGAUUUGUGUGUCAACUACACACAUUUGUUGGUUUUUUUUUUAUUCUCUUUCUAUAUCCAUCAGCACCAGCACCAGCAAAGCGUUGCUGCGUUUUUUUCACUCUCUCGUAAGUCUUGCAGUAAAAUUGCAGAAUGUGUGUUUUUUUGUUCGGUUUUUUUUUGUUGUUGAUAUAUUCAAUUUGUUUGAUGUGUAAAUUUUGUGCCAGCAGGGAAAAAACGCGAAUUUAUUGUUUGCGAAAUGUGAUUGUAAAUUGUGUUCAAACAAAAAUCUCCAUUUAAAGCGUUCAUAUUUUGACACAAUGUGUGUAUAUUUGUUCCAGUUGGACUGGCAAUAUUUCCAUCGAUGGAAGAUUCUAUUUUAAGUUUUUGUAAUUAACAUAUGGGUUACUUGAAAGACACACAGAGAGAAACAAAAAAAACCGAAAGGACAGUCUUGGUUUAAACGGAAAGUGAAACAAAAAAUAGUGCGUUCGUAUUUCGUAUACAGAGCCAAUACAUUGAAACGACAGUGUAUCCAGUGUCAGUCAUGUUUUUGUUGUUCGAUACCCAUUCUCAGUUUUCCAUGGCACACGCUCUGAAAUUAUAAAUGCAUGAUUCAAUUUGAUACGUUCAUCCUAUUCGCUUACAUAGACGAAAUAACAAAUGCACACACAAAAAUAAAAUUAAGCUUUUUAUGACCAUUUUUAGAAUAAAAUUGGCAGCCGAAGCAGUGGCAGCAACCAACUCACAGCUCAAUGACAAUUUGUCUGAGCCAAAUUUUAAAGUUUAUUAAAACCACAAACAACCAAAGGAAGACGGUCUUAUGGCAGCGGAAAUAGUGUGAUUGUGUUAAUGAUCGCCCUAUGACAUCAUGCCGGAGAAAAAGAAAAGUGUUUGAUGUGCCGAUGAGUCACAAAGUGUGAGUCGCAGCAAUCGAGUCUGUGUGUGUUUUUUUAACAAACAGUGCAGUGCUCGAAAGAUACAACAUUAUUUUUGUUUUGAAGUGAAUUCAAUUCAAUUCCAUUCAUUUUUAGUGAGUUUGAGAAAAACAAAAACAAGUGACAAUGGGGUGAUAAACGAUAAGAACGUGACUUAUUGAUAUCAAAAUGUUUAAUCGAUGAUAAUGAAGAUAUUAGAUCGAAAACAGCAACAGCAAAAAGUAUAAAUAAACGUGAAUCGCGUGUAAUUCUUUGAAUGAAUGACAAAUGUGAAUGGGAUAGAGAGUGUCGAAGGCGUGAUAGAGACAAUGCUCAAUGCAGAAAUGGCAGAAACAACGCCAACGCCAGACAUUUUUAUCAAUACAACCGAAGAGGUGAUCAAAGUAGCAGCCGGUAGCAUUGUUGACACAAGCACGGUCACGGAUUAUUUUAGUAAUACAUUUGGUGGUUUUACAUUGAGUGCAUUAACAAAUAAGUGUGGACAAUGGCAAGAACCGUAUCAUGUGUAUUUUCAAUUGGCAAAUGCCUUAUUCUUGAUUGCAUUUCUAUCACCGCACAAAUCCUAUGGGUUUCUAUUGGCACGAUGCGCUCUCGUCUGUGGUAGCAUACUAAUGACACUAUGGAGUUAUCUAAUCGAAUGUUCACUGGACGCGCUCGCUUGGAAUGGCGUCUUUGUUAUCGUCAAUUUGGCGUACCUAUUCGUAUUGAUGUAUCAAAUGAGGCCAGUUUACUUUGAAAAGGAAAUCGAUGAGGUGUACGUUGCCCUAUUCAAACCGCUAAAAGUGUCUCGACAUCAAUUUAAGAAAAUUCUAAAUUGCAUGAAGAUGAUUCGUUCGCUCAAGUACCAAGAGAUUUACGCACAAGAAAAAGUUACCAAAGUUGACAGUCUUUCGCUUGUACUAUCGGGAAAAUUAGUUGUGUCACAAAACCAAAGAGCCCUGCACAUUGUGUUCCAGCAUCAAUUCCUAGACUCACCGGAGUGGUUUGGCGUCUCGACCGAUGAUUACUUUCAGGUGUCAAUAAUGGCAAUGGAGGAGUCACGUGUACUAAUAUGGCACCGCGACAAACUUAGAUUAUCCAUAAUCAACGAAUCAUUCCUGCAAACGGUGUUUGAUCAUAUACUUGGAAAAGAUGUGGUUAAGAAGCUCAUGCAAGUCACUCAGGUGAGUGAGACACUGUCUAACAGCAAUGGUCACAUUCAGACAUAUGACGAGAGCAGCAGUGAGGAUAAACCAAUGUUACAAGUCAAGAUGAACGGCGCUGAUGACCAGGGAAUUAAUGCUUUAAUCAACCGCCAAUUGCAAGAUGAGCAUGUUCCCUUGCUAGGCCGUCACCAAUCUAAGCCAUAUAUGCUACAGAAACAAUCAGCAUUCUCGACAAAUCAUAAAUCAAACCAUGAUUACAAAACGUCUCCGUGUUGAAUAUACAUAGCCCUUCUCCUUCUCCCUUUUGCUUGAAACCAACUGAUGCAAAUGUCUAGGAAUUAAGUUGAUCUUGCUCAUUGAUUUAAUGUUGGUGUGCUCAUUCACAAAAUGACGUAUUUACUAAGAAAAUUGCUUAAAUUUAGUGUAUUUAAAAGAAAGAAAGAAUAUCCGCCGCCUGGUCAUAUCCUAAUAUAGACACAUAUAUGUAUCCUAAAAUUUCUUCAAUCGAAAAUGAAAUUCAUUCAGAAUUUAAUUGGUUGAUUCGAAAUCUCAACGAUAAAACAAAAACAAAACGUUCACUUGUAUUUGAGGCUACACCUCUCAUAGAGUAUUACAAGAAAAAAUUGCCCCAGUUGCGUUUAUAAUUCGUCUUUGAAUUGGAUGAUACAAUAAUUUACAAACAAUUAGUUUAGAUGUAAUAUGACGAAUUGGAAAAAAGAAGAGAAUAAUGGACAAUUAUCAAUUCCUAAAAAAAACGUAACCUUAUUUAUAGAUAGUCGACUGAUUUAUUUUUUUGGUCUCUCGUUUCCCGUCAAAUUUAUUAAGUGAUAAUAAUCAAAAGGAUGAGACAAGCGUAAUUCAUUUUGACGUAUGAUGUUUUUUUUCGAAAGGGCAUAUAUGUUUUUCUUUCGAACGAUUUAAAAUCUACUAUUUAUUUAAUUACGAUAAUUGCAAUUUACAAAUUCAAUUACACAAUCAAUUGAUUAAGGUGACCCAUGAAGAUAUGUAUGAAGUAAUGAAAUUACGCCGCGCAAUGUUGUCAUUUAUGAGUUUUGGUAUUAUUUUUUUUCUUGUUUUUUUUUCUCGAUUGUUUUUGCCUAUUUGAUUUAUUGUGAAUGCUUUCUAUAUUAAUUAAAUUCAAUAAAAGAACAACAACCAAAAUCAACAAA